AUGAGCGACUUUGACUACAGUGACGCAGAGGAUUAUUCGUACUCUAACGACAGUGUGUUGGAUCCAAAACGGCAUGCUAGAACGCAGCAUAAUGAGCUGGAAAGGAGACGGAGGAAUAAUAUAAAAGACAUGUACAAUGCCCUCAAGGAUUCUAUCCCUGGGAUGCAGAAUGAAAGGGCGUCACGAGCUGUAAUUCUUAAGAAAGCAGUCGAGUUGAUAACUAAUAAGAAAGCAAAUUUGGAAGCUGGGAGGAACGAAAUACAGGAGCUAGAAAAUCAAUAUUUAGAAUUGCAAAAGGAAUUGACUGCAGUUGAGUCUGGCAGUGAUUACGUACAGCCUAUCGUAAGUAUAUCAGAAUCCCUCUAG